AUGAGCAAAUUAAUAACAAAUACGUCAUCAUCGCCAAGUAACAAAGCAGUAACCGGUGUCAAUACCAUACUAGAGGGUACGAGAAGGACUCGUAAAAAUAGUAGUAAAAAUAACACUGUUAACACGACAACAACAACAAGCGUUAGUGGUGGUGGUAUAACGAAAGGAAGAAGAAAAUCAACAAUGAUUUCUCCAAAAAUUUCUAAAAUUGAUAUUUCUUCAUUAUCUAAACAACAACAACAAUCACCUUUAUUAUUAUCACAACCAAUUAACGAAUCAUCAUUAAAGAAAACAACAUCAACCAUAACUCCAACUGAAUUAAUAAUAAAUCAAGAUCAGAAUAAUCUUCAAGAUCAACAAAAUAGUAACGGCAGUGAUUUAUUAAUGACUCCAAUAACUACUCCAAUAACUCCUGUUUCUCUUCCAAAUAACAAUGGUCCAACAUCAACGUCAACAACACCUUUACUAGCCAAUGAUUCCAUUUUCAAUAACAAAAGUAUUGUUAGUAAUGAAAAUAUCAAUAACAACAAUGUUAACAACAACAAUCAUAAUAGUUCAACUUUUACCAGUAAUAGAAACAGCGAAAGUUUAUUAUUAUCAAUAUCAGAUGAAGUAUUUUAUAAUAUAUGUAAAAGGUUACCGCCAAACGAUCUGUUCGCGCUUGCUUCAGUUUGUAAAAAAUUUAAACGACUAUUGUCAUUUGGUGAUUCAAAUAAUAAAGUCGUCCAAGAGACUUGGAUGAUUUCACGACAAAGGUUUCUAAAAUAUCUUCAAAUGCCACCACCUGUUGGAAUGAAUGAAGCCAGUUAUAUAAUUUUAAGACAAUUGGAUAAAGGUUGUCAAUUUUGCCAUGAACGUGGAUUUGUUAGAAUUUAUUGGGAGUUUCGCGUUAGGUGUUGUAGCUUUUGUUUAGAUAAGAAAACAUUGAGGCAUGAUCAGCUUUAUAUCAAUUAUCUAAUUCCAAAUGAAGUGUUGGACGUUUUACCAUUUAUAAAUUACGGAGCAUCACAAAUUUAUUGGACCGACGAGGUAUUCUCAACAUACGAAAGGUAUAAAACUAUUGUUUGUAUUGACGAGCUACAAAAAUGGUUGGAAGCAAGAUUACAGCGAACUUUGGAUAUAAUGGAAACUGUUCCUUAUUAUGAACACGAAGAACUUUGUGAACAAAUGGCUAGAAUCGAACAACAAUAUCAUUAUGCUAUGCUUAACAAUAAUAGUCAUAAAUUAUCAUUGGAUUGUGGUAAUAAUGGCGAUGGUUUAAUAAAUAGUCAGUCUAUGCAUCAUCUUAAUUAUCCAAAUUACAUGAAUAUGGUUACAGAUCUUUCGUCAGAUAAUAAUUCCUCAAUUCCUACACCAAAAAUAACACCUGUUUCAACUCCACUCACAACUCCAUCACCCAAUCCUAUGAUGAUGCAUUUUACCGCCAAUAAUAUUACCAACUUCACUAUUAAUCCACACCAAAUUCAUCAUACUAAUCCAACGCAAACACCUAAUUCAAAUCCUGCUGCUACUGCACCACAAAACUCAGUAAUAGUUCCAUCACAAUUAGAAUCACUUUGUUAUAACCAACGUCAAUCACAAAAUAAUAAUGUCUCUGCAACUACUACUCCUAAUGCUAUCCUUGAAUCAAAAAAACAAUUAAUAUUUAAUCAAUAUUAUUCGUCGGCACCUUAUCCAUAUUAUAACAAUAAUCAUCAACACAGGAACAAUCAAUUUAUAACAAAUCCUUCUUCGUCACUACAUCGUCAACAUCAUUUGCAUUUACAACACCAAUUGCAUUUACAAAAUCAAAACCAACAUCAAUAUAACAAUACUAAUCAAAAUCAAAAUUCUAUGCAAAAUCUAAAUCAACAAACAGAAGAAGAGCGAUCGUCAUCUUCAUUAUUAGCAGCAACAAGAGUAGUAAAUAAUGACCAACAACAACAAAGAUACUUUUUACCGUCAUCUUCCACAACAACAAACUCGACUUCUUUACCAUAUAAUAUUGUAGAUCAACAAUUGGCUAUGAAUAAUAGUAGUCAAUAUAGUAGUGCGUGUAACAUAGUAGCAGUGUAG